UCCCUUCCAGCAGCCCCUCCCUACAGGAAUGAUAUGCAAAUAGAGGCACAGAGCCCUGCUGGCAGAAAAAGGGGAAAGGAUUGUGCAGCAGGCUCAGCGCACAGGGCACUUGGGAUUCCAGAGGGGAGUGUCUUACUUGUGUGUGUGUGUGUGCGUGCGUGCAUGUGUGUGUGUGCGUGUGUGUGUAUAUAAAACUUUGGAGCAGAUAUGGGAGCAGCAGCCUAGGAAGAGUGUUAUACACAUCCAUGCCUUGGUUCACCUGGUAUACCAGCUGAGAGCAGCUCUGCAGGGAGACCCCAGCCACUCAGCCUGAGUGUACGAGAGAGUGUUAGAAAGGGAGAGGCAUAUUGAGCGCUGACAACCCUCUAACUUCUCAAUGGGGCUCUGGCUGCUGGUGCUGCUGGUGCUUCAGGCAGUUUGGAAAGGCGCGCUGGGGAAAACCCAUUCUUUGCAUACAAGAGGACUCAUUGAAUUAGCAGGAGCCAUAUCCUGUGGCACAGGACGCAAUGCUUUGGCGUAUCUAGGUUACGGAUGCUACUGUGGUCUGGGAGGACGAGGUUGGCCUAAAGAUAAAGUAGACUGGUGCUGCCACAAGCAUGACUGCUGCUAUGACAAGGCAGAGCGGGAAGGCUGCAGCCCCAAGAUGCAGAGAUACGAAUGGACUUGUGAACACAAUGCUGUGGUGUGCGAUACACUGACAGAUAGAUGCCAAAAAAUGGUGUGCCAAUGCGACCAAGAAGCAGCCAAGUGUUGGGGCACAGCCUCUUAUAACCCACAUUAUGUCCUCUGGCCAGAUUUCUUAUGUGGACAGACUACUCCCACGUGUCAUGUUAGUUAAAAAUUGGGGGACAAGACUAAUCUUCCGGGGACAUUUUUCUAAUUUCUAAGAUACUGUAAUAAAAUUGUUCAUCUUUGAUCAAGA